UUAAAAAAGUGCGUUGGUCAGCGUGGUUAAGGACGCCCGGUCAAAGAUAGCACCAUUGUUCAAAGGGCGUUCAUCCGGUCCUGUAGUCUUCGAAAAGGUGCAUAAUCAAGAACAUGUCUUCCAUGAGAUUGUUCAUCCUCGUGGCCUUCUUCGGCCAAGGUCUGACCCUUACCCUGCAGCCCCCGGAGAACCAAUACAUUCAAAUCGGUGCUGUGGCCAAGCUCAUGUGCCAGUCCUCUGAUCCCAUCCGCUCUUGUACGUGGACUACACCAUACAAAGGCGUCUACUCAUUGGAAUCUGGAUUGAGAGCCGAAUCUGGUCGUUUGGAAUUUUUCGCCGAGGAUGAGGAAAAUGAUUGCGGGAUCUUGAUCUCUGCUGUGGAAGAGAAGGAUUAUGGACAAUGGACAUGCUCUGUUGGUGUGGUGGAGAAUGAAGAGGUCACGACAGCCAAUGGUCAAUCCUUCCUUUUCAAGGCCUCCAAGCCAGAGGAGAUUGUAAUCAGCGCCCCCACUAACAACGGCUCUAUCGAUAUCGAUGGAUCUGAGAAGGAAAUCUCUUGCAAGGUCACCAAUGCUCGACCUGAGCCAAUCGUCUCUUGGUAUGUCGGAGAAGAGGAGCUCGUGGGUUACGAGACGAGAGGAUCCCUCACGAAGGAGACCAGCGAGGCUACCCCCAGCUUCACCCAAACUUUGGUGUAUCGUCCCAAGAAAGAGCACGCUAACCAAACUUUGAAAUGCGUCAUUGAUCACGUGGGUCUGGAUGCUGGCGAGAAGAUGGAAACCGGCAUCUAUCUGAGAUUUCCUGAGGAUGUGAAUGAGGCUGCUUUUACCCGAAAGCAAGAGACCGUCGAUUCCGGCGAAUCAUUCACUGUUUUUGUCGCCAUUGCAAUCGCCGUAAUUGUUUCCUUUGUGGUCAUUGGGUCAGUCUAUUUGGUUGUUCGAAGAUUGAGAGCCCGCCGCAAUCACGAGGUGAUGGAUGAGGAGAAGGCCCCCGAGGAGAAGGUCGAUGGAACUAGCUCAAAUGGUGAUGCCGUGGCUGCCAACGAUGACGACCAAGCUGCACUCAGUCCCAAGAAGACCAUGAAGUUCACGCAUCGAAUGGUGACACUCUUUGGCAAAUCUGAAAAGGAUUCCAAGACGGAAGACAAGAAGGAAACAAAGGACGAGGAAUGCAAGGAAGAGGUCAAGGAAGCCGAUGACCAAGUGGAUAAGUCUGACGAAGUUGAAAAGACCAUGGAAGAAGUUCUCGAGAUCGAGAAGACUGAUACCGCCGAAGAAGACGCCAAGGACAACAAGACGACCGAAACCAAACGGAAAUCUCGUUUUAGUGCCAUCUUUGACAGACUGAAGCAAGGAAAGAAAACUUCAUCCAAGGGUUCUGAGAAAGAGGAAAGCUCGGAGAUGACCGACAAGUCUGAGGAGGAGAAAGCGGAGAAGGCCACAGAGGAUGAGAAAGAAACGGAAAAAGAAACUGAAGCUGAAGAAACUGCCGAGGAAUCGAAGGAAACCACAAAGUUGCCUUCUGAUACCCCUGUCUAAAUAUUUCCUUUUUUUAAUUCUUAAGAAAUAUCUAAGAAACCACCAAACCUGCUCAUAAAAAUGUCGAUCCGAAAAGAGGACCGAACCGUCGUAAUGUGAAAUAAACAAAGUGUCCGAA